GGGGCUUCCUGCGGAGCCCUGAGGGGGGAGCCUGACAGGUGUGAGGGAGACCCUGCCGGGGAGGCCUCAGGGAAUGGGGAGCAGAGGUGAGAGGGCCUGCGGGGCGCGGCUGCACAGAAGCCAGCGUGCCUCCGGAGCAAAGGCGAGGACUUUGGUUUUUGCUCACAAUGAAGCGGGAAGCUGUUAGAGGGUUUUGCUCAGAAGAGUAACUUUUUUUUUUAAAAUAAAUUUAUUUAUUUUAUUUAUUUACUUUUGGCUCCGUUGGGUCUUCCUUGCUGCGAUCGGGCUUUCUCUAGUUGCAGCGAGCAGGGACUACUCUUCCUUGCGGUGCGCGGGCUUCUCGUUGUGGUGGCUUCUCCUGUUGCGGAGCACGGGCUCUAGGUGCGCGGGCUUCAGUAGUUGUGGCAUGCAGGCUCAGUAGUUGUGGCUCGCAGGCUCUAGAGCGCAGCCUCAGUAGUUGUGGCGCACGGGCUUAGUUGCUGCGUAGCAUGUAGGAUCUUCCCGGACCAGGGCUUGAACCCGUGUCCCCUGCAUUGGCAGGUGGAUUCUCAACCACUGCACCACCAGGGAAGCCCAGAGGAAUAACAUUAAAUGACUUAUUUCAAGGAUUACUUCUGAGGACAGACCGAAGGCACGAGGGGGGAAAUGGGAGAUUUGUUACUACAGUGACUCAGGUGAGGGCAGACUGGACCAAGUUGGUAGCAUCGGAGAUGGUAAAUGUCACCAGAUUCUGGAUAUACUUUGAAAGUAGAGGCUACAGAAUGUGCUGAUAGUUGUGGGAUGUGAUAAAGUCCUGAUGAAACUUUGAGGGCGAGCAAAGUAAGCUGAAUGGUGAAGCAGGAAAGGCAUAUUUUGAGUUUGGAAGAAAAGUGGUCAUGGUUCUGUUAACUAAUAAACCAAAGUAUUAUUUCCCCCUCUCACUAUUAUACUUAGCUUAGAAUUAGAAAAGAAAAGAAAAGAAAAAAUCAGCAUGUCACUCCCUGCCCCUAGCCAGCCCAUUCUUUUGGGAAAUAAUCUUCUUUGAAUAUGUUCUUUGUCCCGUAAGUAUAGUAAAUUGUGAAGAAGAAAGCGUACUGAUCUAUCUUCUGUCAUCUAGUUCAGCCAGCUACCCCAAACUGCCACUCUUCUCCCACGUAAAGGAAGCCAAAGUUGUCCCCUUUAGUGCUCACGAGGACCAGCAGGUUACCUUCCUACAGGAAGCCUGAAGGUGUCUUAGUUUCUAGGGAAUUAUUGAUGUUUUUAAAAGCCACAGUGCUCCACCACUGUUCACACAAAUAUUUCAGUGUCAACUUCAUCAAACACUGUUCUAGAUGCCGGGCAUGUGGUGGUGAGGAAAGCAGACUAGUCCUUGUUGUCAUUGAACUUGUAAUCCUGAAGGAAUAUAAACAAAUAAUGGCACAAAUAAAUACAGAAUUACGAACUGGAAGAUGAUCUGAAGGAAAUGUGCCGUAGGCCAACAGAGACCGUGACCUCAGCUGGAGAGGGCCGUCAUGUGUGCCGUUAUUUCACUGUGGGGAAAUAAGUGUGAUCUGUCUCUAUCAGGUGGGAAAACUAUUUCUCAGAAGACCAAUUUAAUAAAUUCUUUGGAAGACCUAAAACCUUUCAUUUUAGUGAAUGACAUGGAACAUCUUUGGUCAUUGCUUAGCAAUUGCAAAAAAAAAAGAGAAAAAGCAUCUAUUACUCGAGUGGAUAUUGUUCUGGAUAAUUCUGGGUUUGAACUUGUUACAGAUUUAGUAUUAGCUGACUUCCUGUUGUCCUCUAAACUGGCUACUGAGAUCCAUUUUUAUGGGAAAACGAUUCCAUGGUUUGUUUCUGAUACUACUCUACAUGAUUUUAACUGGAUAAUCGAACAACUAAAACAUUCUAAUCAUAAGUGGGUGUCCAAAUGUGGGGUUGACUGGGAAAACCAUAUUAAAAUGGGCAGAUGGGUUUACCUCGAUCACAUCUUUUGGACUCUGCCUCAUGAAUUCAGUGCAAUGCCUCAAGUUGCUCCUGACUUAUAUGCUACACUACAAAAGGCACAUUUAAUUUUAUUUAAGGGUGAUUUGAAUUACAGGAAGUUGACGGGGGACAGAAGAUGGGAAUUUACCGUUCCAUUUCAUGAGGCUUUGAAUGGCUUCCACCCUGCACCUCUCUGCAGUAUAAGAACAUUAAAAGCUGAAGUUCAGGUUGGUCUGCAGCCUGGGCAAGGUGAACAGCUCACAGCUUCUGUGCCCAACUGGUUGACCAUUGGGAAAUAUGGAAUAUUUCAGUUUGAUGGUCCACUUUGACUUGGUGUAGGAACUCUCAGUUGGGUAGAAAGAUGUGACAGUCACUCUUCAUCCCCAGAAAAGCUCUGGGAAGCUUGGCUUCUCAGUGCUCUUUUACACACAUUCUGAUGCUUUCUCCUUUGAACGUUUUGCCCCACUACAUUGUUUUGGGGAUAGGUGGAUUACACUGGUUACAGAUAGUUACAUUUAUGUUGGAAUUUUAGUAACUUAUUUCAAGUUAAAUGCAUCAUUUCAAAUGGUUUUAAUGAACUUAUUUUUCAUUGGGCAGAAAUAUAAGUGAAUUCUGCUUUAAAAGUUAACAUUUUAAAAAAUACUGUGCUGCAUGGUAUUUAAUAUUCUAGGAGGCAUGGAAUUUUACUCAACUUGAUUUUGGGCUCUAGAGAUAAGGGCUCAGUGAAGAUAUAAUAUAUUUACAUGUUAAAUAUGCUUUGUAAAGAGAGGCAUUUCUUAACAACUGUGAUAUCUGAACACACGAAAGUAAAACUUACCUCAUAAGUUAAUUCUUAAUUUUGUUCUCCUUGAAUUUUAUUUCAUUUCAAUAACCUGUAUUAUUUGCACGCAUUUGUAUUUUGAUUGACCUGUAGAAUGGAUGGUAGGAAACACAAAAUUGAACAGAAUGAAACAAAUAGUACUUGAAGAAAUGUAACAUCUUUUACAUUCUAUUUGUGAUGUCCAUAAUCAACUGAAAUAUAUUAUUUUAACACAUAAGUGUUUUAAAUGAAUGGGAUUGCUCUACAGUUUAAAAAAAAUGCUUUAGGUAGGAAAGAUUCUUCUGCAUUGACUUUGUACUACCCACGAGUUAAUUCACCUUUUAUAAUCUUACACAUUUAUUGGUGAUCACAGCUAUUAAAGACUAAAUUUCAGGUCAGUUUUUCUGAAACUGAAAUUGGAAAUAAACCUGGGAAUGUUUUCUUGCACCAGAAUAAUAAAAUGAAUUGUAAAUUGUA